AUGUCAACACAAUACUUAUUGUAUGGACAAAUAAGUCGACAUCUCAAUAACCGUCAGAAUGAUAGUGAGCGUACAAUUGAAAAAUGUUUUCUAGUUGGUGCUCUCACUGGUUUCGGUUCAUCGUUUAUUGAAACACCUAUUGGUCUUGUUAAUGGACAGAUUGAAGGAAAUUUGUAUCGUCGUCAUACACAUGUAUUCGAUUUUCAUGUAAAAGAUUGUUGUAAAUAUAUUUAUAAAGCUAAUGGUGGAUUACGUGGUUUUUAUAAAGGAUUCUUCGCAAAUCUCAUUUGUUCUAUACCUACGUCGAUGUUUUAUUUUGGCGGUUAUGAAUAUGUGAAAAAUCAUCUUUAUCAAACACAUUUUCGCUUCUUUGGCCCUGCGUACAAAGAUAAACAUUUACGUACAGGUAUUUUGUUUAGUGGAGCAAUGGGUGGCUUUUGUGCUUGGUCAAUAUGUUAUCCGUUGGAUAGAAUUCGAUCUGAAAUUCAAUCAGAUGAUUUGAGACGUGAACGUCGUAAAUAUACAUCAUAUAUCGAUUGUGUCAAACAAAUGUAUCAAUAUGAAAAUAACUUACGUAUAUUUUAUCGUGGCUUUCUUAGAGGAAUCUUAAAAGCGAUACCGAUCAAUGCUGCCUGUUUUCUAGCUUAUGAAGAAGUAAAUCGAUUCAUGUAG